ACUUCUUCCACUGAUUCGGCCACUAUACCACGAAAACGUGCACGUGGGAUUACAUCUGUUAGCAAGGAACGCAGCGAGAAGAUUACACGGGCACUAGUUAAAUUAAUCGCAUUUAACCGACUGCCUUUUAGUUUUUCUUCUAGUCCUGCUUUCCAAACAUUUAUGAAAGAAAUCGAGCCUGGAUACAAGUGCCCAUGCAGUCAAACAGUACUACGCCGUUUACGUGCUCUUGAAGAUGAAGUAAAAACCAAGAUCCAAUGUACAUUAGAUUUGUGCAAAUUUAUUGCUCUGGACACGGAUUGUUGGACUUCUCGAUCUCAAGAAGGUUAUAUGAAUGUGAAUGCUCACAUCGUAAAUAACGUAUGGGAGCCACAAAUAUUCACGUUAAGUAUGCAAGAACUUAGCGAAAGGCAUACGGCGGAAAAUUUAGCUGACAGCUUACAAAAUGUUGCUGCUGAAUGGCAAAUUGACACCAAAAUUGUAUCCAUUGUUCAUGAUAAUGCAAGCAACAUUGUUCUCGCAGUGAACAGCAUGAUGAACGUCGGAUCCAGCUCUAGUUGUGCAGCACACACGAUAAAUUUAGCCGUGAGAGAUGCGUUGAAGGAAGAUAAUAUUUCCAUCGUGCUUGCUAAAGGAAGUAAAAUUGUUUCCCAUUUUCAUCAUUCCGUCAUUGCUUCACAAGCUCUUGCAAAAAAACAAGAACAAUUAGGAUUACCUCAACGAAAAUUAAUCCAAAGUGUUCGUACUCGAUGGAAUACAGAUUUACUUAUGGCUGAAAGACUUGUAGAGAAUCGUAGCGCUAUCAGCUGUUCUUGGAGAUCGAACCGUGACAACUCCUUUGCAUGCUAA